CUGUGUAUAGUUGUUUGUUUGAGAGAGAUUGGAGAAGACGAUGGAAGUGAGCAACAAACAGAUAACUUUGAAGAAUUAUGUGACUGGUUUCCCUAAUGAGUCUGAUUUCGAGGUCAGGAUUACAACCAUUCCUCUCAAAGUCCCAGAAACCACUCAGAACGCGAUUUUGGUGAAAAAUCUCUAUCUCUCUUGCGAUCCUUACAUGCGUGACCGCAUGUCCAAACUCGAAGGAAGCUAUUUAGAUUCCUUCAUCCCUGGCUCUCCUUUAACAGGAUAUGGUGUGUCUAAAGUCUUAGAUUCUACUCAUCCAGACUUCAACAAAGGCGACUUCAUUUGGGGUUUCACUGUUGGAUGGGAAGAGUAUACUCUUAUAACAGCUACACAAUCCUUAUUUAAGAUUCAACAUACAGAGGAAGUCCCGCUUUCCUAUUAUACAGGAAUUCUAGGUAUGCCUGGUAUAACUGCUUAUGCUGGUUUUUAUGAGAUAUGCUCCCCUAAGAAAGGAGAAAAAGUGUUCAUAUCUGCUGCAGCCGGGGCAGUUGGUCACCUUGUAGGCCAAUUUGCAAAGUUGUUUGGUUGCUAUGUUGUUGGAAGUGUUGGAAGUAGAGAAAAGGUGGAUCUGUUGAAGAACAAAUUUGGAUUUGAUGAAGCUUUUAACUACAAAGAGGAAGAAGACCUCAAUUCAGCUCUCAAAAGGUACUUUCCGGAUGGGAUUGAUAUUUACUUUGAGAAUGUUGGUGGAAAGAUGCUCGAAGCAGUGCUUCUGAACAUGACAAGGCAUGGGAGAAUUGCAGUGUGCGGAAUGAUAUCGGAGUACAACCUUGAGAAGCCAGAAGGCAUUCAGAACUUGUCAUGUAUCCUCACAAAACAAAUUCGCAUGGAAGGGUUUGCAGUUUUUGACUACUUUCCCCAAUACGCAAAGUUCUUGGAAAUGAUUCUUCCCCACAUUAAAGAAGGGAAAAUUGAUUAUCUUGAGGACAUAGCCCAAGGCCUGGAGAAUGGACCCGCAGCUUUGGUUGGCCUCUUUUCUGGCCGUAACCUGGGGAAGCAACUGGUUGUGGUUGCUCAAGACUAGUAAAAAUAAUGGUGGUUACUGGUUAUGUAUUGCAUAUUGUAUUCCAAAAUCUAUUCAAUUUAUGUUCAGCAAAAUACUCUAUGC